AUGGCGACGGCCGUAUCACUGCUGGCCAACCCAUGCAACAGUCCCUUUGACCAGCAGGUUCAACACCAGCAACAGCAGCAGCAUCUCUUUCCGCCAUUCGGGCAGGGACAGGACACGUUUCCUUACCGGUACAACGCUUCCGCCGGUGUUGUGAGCCGCCGGAACGACGUUACGUACCAGCAGACGACCUACCAGCUAGACGCGUUGGAUUUUCAUUUGUUGAGCCGAUCGCUCGAGGAAGAAAUCGAACAAAUGGAAUACUCCGGCAGCCCCAGUCCUUAUCAGUACCAUCAACACGAUCAGCAGCAGCAACAGCAGCACCAGCACCAGCAGCAGCAACAGCAGUCAGCGGUGAGGCGCCCGGGGCAGCAGGACUUUGAACAGAUGCCCUCUGGGUAUAACCUGGACAACGAAGAUACGUACAGCGGUUCGCCAAACAAUUUCCAGGACUAUCAGAACAACUUUGUUGACUCGCCACCGGAUUCCAAAGAACCGUGGCCCGUCGAAUACAACAAGAUGCACUCGGCGAUCGCAUCAACCAGCGGUGCCAACGAUACAACAAGUGCACCGACAUCCGUUACGGCGGUCGCAGUAGCCACGGCUGCGGCGGUUGUUGCUGCAGCCGCAUCUCAGCAGCAGCAACAGCAGCAGGAUAAUGGCAUGUACAUGAACAACGCCCUACUACCAAGCCGAAAGAGACGCAUGGAAUGGAUGUCACCGCAGGAGGAGGACACCGACGGAUCCGAGACGAAGAUCGCCAACAUCGAUAAGGAACGUGACGCACGUCGGAAAGGAAGUAUGCGUUGGGCCGAUGAUCUUGAUUUGGACCUCAGCAAUGAGCUGUCGAGCAACGGCUACAUCAGUGAUUCGCUAUUGAAUUUCCCGGUGUUUAAGCAAGAACUACCAUCUCCACCGCAGAAGCCUCCCCAGCAACAACAACCACAGCAACAGCAGCAGCAGGCACAAUCGCAGCAUCAGCAGCACCAGCUACAUCAAUCGCAGCAAUCCUUGCAUCAGCAAGGUCCAGGAGCUCAGGACCAUGCGCAAUCGCAGCACUCGGUUGCAGCGGGUCUGCAACAACCGCUCGGUGUCAGUAGCAAUGCAAAUGUGACAAAUGGUCACCAACAGCAGCAAGUGCCGCAAUACCAGCAGCAACAGCAACCCCAGGGACAAGGUUCUAUGAACGGUACCAGCCCCGGUUUAAUGAAUAAUGCGGACCACGGUGGCGCGAUCGGUUCCGGUUUAAGCAAUCUUCAGAACUUUCUCCAAACCAACCGAUUGGACGCGGAUUCAAGUGGAGGCGUUUUGCAGAUGCAACAGGAUGGAGCACUAGCAGCGGCACGUGGCGAUAAGGUACACGACGAUCACAACCGGUUCCAGUACGUGUUGGCGGCCGCGACCUCGAUAGCGACGAAAAACAACGAAGAAUCUCUCACCUACCUCAACCAGGGACAGAGUUACGAAAUCAAGCUUAAGAAGCUUGGCGAUCUGUCCCCAUUUCGGGGUAAGAUUCUGAAGAGUAUUAUCAAGAUAUGUUUCCACGAGCGCCGGUUGCAGUACAUGGAGCGUGAACAGAUGCAGCUGUGGCAGGCUUCCCGACCCGGGGAACGUAUUUUGGAUGUUGACAUCCCGCUGUCGUACGGAUUGAUGCAAGUGCAACCAACCAGCAGCAAUCUGCUGAACACGAUCGAGGUGUUCUGGGAUCCGAUGAAGGAGGUCGGCGUGUACGUGAAGGUGAACUGCAUUUCGACAGAAUUCACCCCGAAAAAGCACGGUGGUGAAAAGGGCGUCCCGUUCCGGAUUCAGGUAGAAACGUAUCUCGAUACGAAUGGACUGCAUAAUGGUACCGGAACCGGUGCUGGUACUGUCGUGGAUGAUAAGGACGCCAUAAGACCGCUCCAUGCGGCGGCUUGUCAAAUAAAGGUAUUCAAACUAAAAGGAGCAGACCGGAAACAUAAACAGGACCGGGAGAAAAUACUCAAACGUCCGGUUACGGAGCAGGAAAAGUACCAGCGUAGCUGCGACUGCACGAUACUGACCGACAUAACGACCGAUUCAGUCAUAACGCCGCUGGGUGGCAGCUUUAGCCCCGAACACAUUAAACGCAACGUGUCGCCAUUGCUGUCCGGACCAGCCUCGCCGGGGCAGUUGAACAAGUUCGAAAACAUCAUGUCGAGCGUGCUUGGGAACGGUGGAAACGGUGUCAAUUCCAGUGGAAAGGUCGCUUCGACGGCGGCUGCAGCAAUGGUGGUUGCUGCCGCAGCUGCUGCCGCUGUUCAGAACAAUCCGAUCGGCAUUAGCAACGUCAGCUCCACGAACGGACUCUGCAAAGCGUCUCCACUGGCUGAUCAACCCAUGGGUGGAGUGCUUUCGCCUCAGCAAGCCAGCGACCUGGACGAUUACGUUCCAAAUAUUACGAAAGAGUCCAGUCCGGGAUCGCUAGCCCAAUGGUUGGCCGUCCACCGGUUGUCCGCGUACGGGAAGACCUUUGCCCAGUUUUCCGGUUCGGAUCUGUUAAGAAUGUCGAAGGAGGAUCUGUGCAAAAUUUGCGGCCUUGCCGAUGGCAUUCGGAUGUUCAAUAUCCUUCAUUCGAAAGCGAUAACACCCCGGUUGACAAUCUAUGUUAGCUUUGAGGCGAACAUCUACCACGCCAUCUAUUUGCACUCGAACACCAUUCCGGAAUUGGUGCAGAACUUGUCCCGCAUUCCCGGCUUUCUGGAGGCGAUCAACGCGCUUAACACGCCAAAUUCAUCCUCGUCCGAAGCUGGCCUCUGGAACGGAACAUUCGGAGUGCGGUCGCUCGGAUCCGUUGGGAAUGGUGGAGGUUUGGGUGGUGGCAACGGUACGCUUAAACUUGGCGGCAAUAACGGGAACCUUUCUGUUCCGUCUCCUUCGUCACCGAUCUCGUCGUCGUCAGGUGUUGCCAAACUGCAGCUGUUGAUAAACGGUCCUGCUGGUAUUCAGGUGCUGCUGACGGAGGACGUGCUGAAUAAUGUGAAGGACGAGACGUUAUUCCAGCUGGAGCUUAAACCGAACGGGAACAUACUGAUGAAAGCGGUUCAAAACGUACCGCAGAACGGCGAUGGAUCGAUCGAUGACGAUGCGAAUUGAGGGUCGUCGUUUUAUCAAUGAACCGGACCAUUUUAAUCUGUAACUUUAGUGGCUAUUGGUUGGAGAAUUUUGUGUUUAUUGCUCUUUUUUUACUUCGCAGUAAUUUACGUUAAGUCGUUCAAGGUAGCGCUAGGUAGCGUGUGGUGUUAUGAGACAGAAAAGCGUGUAUUAGAGGGACAGGAGAUGCGUACGUACAGAUGAUAUUGUACAAUGUGAUUCGAGACCAUGCUCUCAGGAGCUGAAAGGCGGGAAAAGCGAUGCAAAAACGAAGUGAAAAAACACAUUUCACCUUCACAUUGCGUUGCUGAUGAAACACCACUCAGGGUUCUAGCUGUAACUAUUGUUUCGACGUCACUCCUUCCGUAUCUUGUCAGGGGUGGACAUUUCGUCGAUGUGCCAUCAGGAGAUGUUUUCGAUACGAGAGGAAAGAAUAUUGGGACAGCACGUGUGAAACGCAAACAGCGGAAGGGAUCUAAAUCUGGCUCGUACAUUUUGCAGCAUUUAGCACAAAAAAGAUUAUAAAAUAUGGCAACGAGAAAGAGUAGCAGUAAAGUGAUUUUUUUUUAUAGCGGCCAACUGAAAGAUGCAGGAGACCCUUUUGUAUACAAAACCACACAAUACUACGUUAGUACAAAGCAGUUAGACAACACUGAGAGUCUUAGGGAGCUUUCUAUGAUAGUGUUAUGCUAGUGAUCGUUUAGGAUACACGAUAUAGUCGGGAUUACAGUUAAUGUUAGUACAAUGUUUGUUAAUCGCCUUUUGUAGGGUUUUUACUUUAAGACAACAAUGUGUUGCCCUGAUUGGCACACAAUGGCGCUCGUUCACGUUUUCACCUAGAACAGGACAAGACCGCUUAGCGGAUGUAGUGCCUGAUAAAUAAGCGAUGCGGUUAUUUUUUGUUAACACAACUACCCUACCGGUAUAAGCUAUCUCUAAAAUGCAAUAUAUACAAUAGCAUGGCGGAGGAAAGUUUCGCCAUUUGUUUUAUUAAAAAAAGAAUUCGACACCGUAAACAAAUGAACACGUGCUCGCCAAGUUGUAGGGACAGUUGAGAUGGACUGUUUGCUUUUGCAAGACAACAGGAACGAAGUGUCUUAAUAGGGUUAAACCACGAUGAAGGUGCCUUUAUCCAGCCUAAUCUAUGUAUAGUGUUUUAU